AUGUCCAUUACAAGCUCUGUCCUUUUUCCAACCGCCACUGCAGACUACGAUGGGGUUGCUUCGGGUGAUGUACUCUUCACGAUUCCUUCCGAAGGAACGCCACUUUCACGGCUACCCGGUGUCAGCGCAACAGGUAGCACUUGUGAGCCAACGGCCACUAUGGAUGUACAGAAACGGGGUGCUGGGUUCGAUUGGGCAGGACCAGUGCCGGAUGCCAACGCAUUGUGGCCAGCUGUAGAGCCAGGCGGCGAGCUACGGAUGUUACGAACAGUCCUAGAAACGCAAUUACCCCCGUUCGCGCUUGCCGGGAGAACGGCAAUCCAAUCAAUAAUAGACUUGAGGCAGCAGAUCGCGAGCGUGGCACUGGAUAGUGCAGGGAUUGGUGCAGUGGCAGCGAUACUAUUCUUCAUUGCCUUCAACUAUCGCUAUUGCAUGAACGCGGCCGCCAACAUAUUCAUUAUGCCUCUCGAAGCUCUGGUAGGUCCGGGUACGACGCCGGAACAAGCAUCUCAGACAAGCGACAGCUGUCCAGAUGAGACACCGCAGCCAGUUUGUAGCAACUGUGGUGAUACCUCCUUUCUGCACCAGAUAUUAGCCAGCUGGAAAGGUAUACCAACACUCGCAACAAUCACACGCUACGACUGCAAAGGCUCAUCGUACCGUGGGCCACUUAUCAAAGAUGAAUGCGUCUCAGCCAUCGCCAAAUUUGACGACGCGUCCGUCUACAAUGGGUACAACUCUCAGUGGAAUCGCUGCUGCGGGCAUCUCAAAGGGUGCAUGGUGAUGCACAAAUGCAACAAUGCGACCGCUCGUCCAGCUGAAGGCGAAACUGGUGCAGUGGUAAAGGAUAUGUUCGCCCAGCUGUGGGCGGGUCGUUGCGGGAAGUGCGGUAGUAUGAACUGGAGGGACAAGGGCGUGAACUCGAAGUUGAUGAUGAUCCCAGUUGAGCUGCCAGGGUUUCCCAACAAGUACUCCGUGGCCUUAGGCCUUCAGGCAUGGCGGGUUGGCAUCAGAAUCUUACAAUUAGGCUCCGGUGGGGGAGAAGAUCUGAGUGGUACAAACUCGAAGAUGAGACGGUAG